CAAUUUGCAUAAUGUGCAAUAUUAGUUCCACAAAGUACAUAGCUAGCAAGAAAAGGAAAAGCUAGGUAGCUUUCUGUGCAUGUUUGUUUGGAGGCAGAGAGAAUUGAAAGAGGUGAUCAUGGGAAUGAUGUGGAUUAGAAUCAUAUUGCUAUUAGCUGCUUAUUGCUUGCUUCCUUUGUCAGUCGAAGCCAUCGUUCGCCACUACAAGUUCAACGUUGUGAUGAAGAAUGCAACAAGAUUGUGUUCAACUAAGCCCAUUGUAACCAUAAAUGGGAAUUUCCCUGGCCCCACCAUCUAUGCUAGGGAAGAUGAUACUAUUCUUGUUAAAGUUGUUAACCAUGUUAAAUACAAUGUUAGCAUCCAUUGGCAUGGAAUAAAACAAUUGCGAUCGGGUUGGGCCGAUGGGCCGGCGUACAUAACACAGUGCCCGAUUCAACCGGGGCAAGUAUAUGUGUACAAUUUUACCCUCACAGGACAAAGAGGAACACUAUGGUGGCAUGCACAUAUACUAUGGCUUAGAGCCACUGUCCAUGGUGCUAUUGUCAUUUUGCCUAAGCUUGGAGUUCCUUAUCCUUUUCCUAGACCCCACAUGGAACAAGUUGUCAUAUUGAGUGAAUGGUGGAAAUCAGAUACUGAAGUUGUAAUAAAUGAAGCUUUGAAAUCUGGGUUAGCUCCAAAUGUCUCUGAUGCCCACACAAUUAAUGGUCAUCCAGGGCCUACUCAACAUUGUGCUUCACAAGAGGGAUUCAAACUCCAAGUUGAAGCUGGAAAAACCUACUUGCUAAGAAUAAUCAAUGCUGCACUAAAUGAAGACCUAUUCUUCAAAAUAGCUGGCCACAAAUUAAUAGUUGUUGAAGUGGAUGCUUCCUACACAAAACCUUUCAAAACAGACACAAUCCUUAUAGCACCAGGACAAACAACAAAUGUACUUGUAAAAGCCAACCAUUUAGCUGGCAAAUACAUGGUAGCAGCCUCAACAUUUAUGGAUGCACCAAUUGCAAUAGACAAUGUUACUGCCACUGCCACAUUACACUACACAGGUUCACUUGGUUCCACAAUCACCACUCUCACUUCAUUGCCUCCAAGAAAUGCUACAUUUCUUGCUAACAAUUUCACUAACUCACUAAAAAGUCUAAAUUCCCCAAAAUACCCUGCUAGAGUUCCCAAAAAAGUUGACCAUUCAUUGCUUUUCACUAUUAGUCUUGGUGUUAACCCUUGUGCUACUUGUGUGAAUGGUGGUAGAGUUGUUGCAGCUAUUAACAAUGUUACCUUUGUGAUGCCUAAGAUUUCUCUUCUUCAAGCACAUUUUUUUAACAUAAGUGGAGUUUUCACAGAUGAUUUUCCUGAGAAACCUCCAAGAGUGUAUGAUUUCACUGGGAAACAACCUUCAAAUUUAAGGACUAAUAAGGGAACUAGGGUUUAUAGACUUGCUUACAAUUCUACAGUUCAAUUAGUGUUGCAAGAUACUGGAAUGAUUGCACCUGAAAAUCAUCCUAUUCAUCUACAUGGAUUCAAUUUCUUUGUUGUUGGUAAGGGAAAAGGGAAUUUUAACUCUAAAAAGGAUCCUAAAAAGUUUAAUCUUGUUGAUCCUGUGGAGAGAAAUACAGUUGGCGUCCCAUCUGGUGGAUGGACUGCUAUCAGAUUCAGAGCUGAUAAUCCAGGGGUGUGGUUUAUGCAUUGCCAUUUGGAAGUUCAUACAACAUGGGGAUUGAAAAUGGCAUUUGUUGUGGACAAUGGUAAAGGACCAAAUGAAUCUUUAUUACCACCUCCUAGUGACCUUCCCAAGUGUUGAGAAGAUUAAUUAAUACCAAUUUAGAAUAAUUGCUUAAGGAGGAAGAGAGGAAACAUACAAGAAAAACUCUAUACAUUCCAAAGGGAGUAAACUAUCAAAGCUAAAUAACAAUAUUUUCUUGGAGAAUAAGACCAAUUAACAUGUCCUCAUUUUCUUUGUUUUUUUUUCCUUUAAUUUUUUCAAUUUUUUGUUGUUGUAUUGUUUGUACAUCUCUCUUAUUUCUCCUUCUAGAAGAAUAAUUUUGUUUCGUGUAAUGAUGCAAACAAUGCUAAUCAAAUUAUUUAAAGGAAUUUAAAAUGUCUUGCGUUCUCUCA